AUGGAAGAUUCAAAUGAGGCACCUUCUUCUUGUUAUAACCAUGAAGAUUCAAAUGAAGAUAUCCAAAACAAGCAUAUGAACCAACAAGAACAAAUCAACAUUUCAAACACAAAGCGAUUUAUGAUUUUAAUGUGGGAUAAUGUUUGGUCUUGCAUUGUUGUUCUUGUGCUAUUUUGGCUCAUUGAAUCUAUUACUCUUACUGUUGGUGUCCGGGGAUCUAAUUUACAAUUAGGACCUUACUCGUCGCAUUUGAUACAAAUUAAUUCAAUGUUAGUACAAUCUAUCAAGGUGGAACAAAACAAUAAGCCAAAACCUGGUAUGAUGCUUUAUGGAUUUGACUUUGUUCCUUCACUAGAUGUCAAAAUAAAUUGGACUGAGAUGUAUGAUGUAUCCAUAUCACCAAAAUCUCAAAAGGAAUGGAUAUUCUACCUGAAUAAAGACUCUCAAUUAGAUGUUCUUUAUAGUGCUAAGUCCCCAGUAGCACCUUUAAUCUUAGUAAUUGCUAAAGGUAGAGAAAGCAUAGCUGAGUGGAAAGAGGAUCCAUUAUCCCCUGAUGCAACAUUAUAUUGGAAUAACAUCUAUGGAAGUGGUAAUGUUACACAGAAAAUAUCAGAUUCAUCUACUUAUUAUGUGGCUAUUGCCAAUAUGAACCAUCAAAAUGUUAAGGUACAACUGAAGUUCAAUGUGAAUGCACUUCUCUACAAUACAACCAACUCUUAUAAACGAUGUUCUCUAGAUAACAGUUCAUGUAGAAUGAACACUGCUCUUUCAGCAAACAUGGCACUAUUAACCACUGCAUGUCCUAGAGAGGGUGUAACUAAUCAGGAAUGGUUUGAUGUGCAUGUGUCUUAUGAACCAAGAUGGAUCAUAUAUCUUAUAGGCACAGGUGUGAUGGCUGUGAUAAUCAUAUGUGCAUUGGAAUUUUACAAAAUGUUGCAAACAAAUGAAGAAAAUGCAAGGUUUCAAUUCCAACAAGUGGAAGUGAUUUCGGAAAGAGCUCCAUUACUGUCUCGAAAAGACAGUGAUGUUACGAGUCGGAGUUCAUCUUAUGAUUCUUUCUCAAGUGAUGAAGAGAAUUCUAGUGAAGGAAAGUCAAUAAUAGAAGGAGAAACUAGCAAUAAUGAUAUUAGGUGUUUGUGUGUUAUAUGCUUUGAUGCAAGAAGGGAUUGCUUUUUUCUACCUUGUGGCCAUUUUGCAACAUGCUAUGCUUGUGGAACAAGAAUUGCUGCAGAAUCAUGCACGUGUCCCAUUUGCAGAAGAAAAAUGAAGAAACUAAGAAAAAUUUAUAUUGUGUAA